UUGUGAAUGUGCGAGCAGAAUAGCUUUUAUUGGGAGUUUGGGUAAACAUACAAAAUUAAAAACCGGCUUACAUGAGUCGCAUCCAACAACGCUCGGCACUGGGUCCAAAAAUUAAGCCCAAAAAAGCGACAAAACAUUCAGUCGCUGAACUGAAAUCGAAUUGAACGGUCGCAAAAAACUGGGGCUAGACUUGGCAGCGCGGCGACUGUUCGAUUCUGAGUGAGAGUGCAUCGAAGGUCGGUUUCCAUCGAUUGGGCAUAUUCGUAUAAGUGUAUUGGAAAACUCGUUCGCCAAUAGCCAAGUGUAUUCAGGGUGAAAAUGUCUAAACUAAUCACUGCCUUUUGCAUUUUGGCCGUGCUCAUCAGCUGCAUCCUGGCUGAUGAGAGCCCGCGUGAGAAGCGUCAAGCUGCAAAGCUGCACAUAACGCUGCUGUACGAGUCGCUCUGCCCGGAUAGCAAGAACUUUAUGCGCCAACUGGGGCCCGUGCACCAAGAGCUGGAGCCAUACAUUGACAUUGAGCUGGUGCCAUUUGGAAAAUCAGCGUCCGAGCAGAGCGGCGCCCUCUUCCACUGCCAGCAUGGACCAGCCGAGUGCGAGGGCAACCGUCUGCAGAGCUGCGUCAUCAGCAGCACCCAAAAUCAGGCGGCGCAGGUGAAAUUCGUGGUUUGCCAAAUGUUUGCCUCGAAUCAUGCAAAUGCCGACAAGUGCGCCAGCCAGGCGGGCCUGUUGACGGACGUGGAGUACUGCAUGAAAACCCCGACGGGCACCAAGCUCCAGCUGGACGCGGAGCUCAUCACCAAGCGCUAUCGGCCCAGCUUUGUGCCCACCAUUGUCUACAAUCGGGUAUUCGAUCAGCAGCUGCAGGACCAGUCGCUGCGCAAUUUCCGAGCCACCGUUUGCUAUUUGUUGCGCCAACAAAUCGCGCUGCCUGCCACAGUUUGUCAAUAAAUGUGUGUGUGUUCAUACCAUGUAUAAUUGCCAGAUUUGUUGUGCAAAUAAAAAUUGUGAAGAACCAAGCAA